CUGCCAGCAAAGACCCAUUCUUUCUUAACCUGAGAUCGUAGAGUGAAGACUGCAGCAUGAAAACGGCGAAGGCGCUUCUCUGCCUGAUAGCAGUUUUAGAGGCUACAAGGAGUACAUCUGGAACCACAAAGGAGGCCUUCAGUGGUAGAAGUGUGAAGAUUGACAUCAAAUAUGAAAGUGGAUAUGAGGAAAAUAGGAAGUACCUGUGCAAGGACCCUUGUACAUCCAAUACAGAUGUGUUGAUUAGUGCCAACCUAAGGAACGUGCUGGUGAGUGCGGCAAGAUACUCCCUGUUUGACAACCCCUCUACAACAGUCAUCACUGCAACCAUCCAUGACCUCCAACUCGGUGAUUCUGGGAAAUAUUGGAUUGGAGUGGACAUACAUCAACGUGUAGAUUCAUACAAGGAGUUCACGCUGAUUGUCUACCCAGCUCCCACCACCAUCCAGACAACCUCAACAGCAGCCCCCAGCACACCGACCUUAGGAACCACCCCUGAAGCCACUGAAGAGACAGCUCCCACCACCAUCCAGACAACCUCAACAGCAGCCCCCAGCACACCGACCUUAGGAACCACCCCUGAAGCCACUGAAGAGACAGCUCUCACCACCAUCCAGACAACCUCGACAGCAGCCCCCAGCACACCGACCUUAGGAACCAGCCCUGAAGCCACUGAAGAGACAGGCUCUCCUGUCCCAUCUGCUUUUUCUACAGCGAGCCAUGUUAAAGACGCUCUACCAGUAGGAGCCAUCAUCGGAGCCGUACUAGGAGUGCUGCUCUUAGUGAUUCUUCUGGUUGUUUUGCUCCUCUGGAUGAAGAAGCCAAAGCGGAAACUCACAGCCCUGCAAACGAAGAACUUUAGUAGUGCUGGAAGGAGAUACGAGGUGGAUGCUAUGGAAAGCAAAGCACAAGAGAUGCUGCCAUAUGAUGACGACGCUAGGAUCUACGCCAACAUGUGAGCAGCACAAGAAACCUGGAAGUACGUUUUACUUGAGAAGAAGCCUUUUAACCUAAAAACGUUUAACAAUGCCAUUGUUUUAUUAUGAGUGUUGCUUUAUUUGUCAAUGGGGACCAAUUAAAUUCAUCCAGAUUUCUAUCUCGCUUAUCCAGAGGAGGGUCAUAAGGAAGGUUGAGGCUUAAGGCAGGAACAGGGUGCCAGUCCGUCACAGGGCAAACACCACCAAACGCAUAUCAACGGUUGGCAAUUUGGCAGCACCGAUUCAACUGACCUGCAUAUGUCGGAGAGGACCCGGACGGGGAGAACAUGCAGACACUAACAUCUCUGGUCGCACUGUGUGGAGUUUGCGUGUUGUGUUGCCCGUCUGCUUCGGGUUUUCCUCCCCAUGUCAAGCUGACUGGAGGGUCCAAACUGGCCCUGUGUGGGCACAUGUGGACUCUGCCAUGGACUUGCACCCGAUGCGGUCAGGAUAGGCCCGGCCCUACCCCAGUCACCCAAUGACCCUAAACUGAGUUAAGCAGGUUUGAGAAUUUUGUUAUGAAUUAUAUUGUUAAUUUAAAAGAAAACUAUCUAUUAAAAUGGUUCAUAGAAACA